CUUCACUACACGCUGCAGCACUGAGCACUAGAGAGCAGUGUGACUACACAGUGCUGCUGCAGGAAAGCGGAAGUGCAGUUCAUUACAGGCGGGAUCAGGAUGUUGGGGUUUGAAUGCUAGCUCAUACUUCUCAGAUUAGAAUCUGCACAGUGGCUGUGAAUUGUUCCAUUUUCAACUCUCACUCAUCUUAGACUAAGUGUGAAUAUUAAAGUAAGACUUUGCUCAUCUUACGCAAAGCAACAAUGUCAUCGACAUCACAGAAACACAAGGAUUUUGUAGCCGAGCCCAUGGGCGAGAAGCCUGUGAUGGCACUGGCUGGGAUUGGUGAUGUACUUGGCAAGAGGUUGGGAGAUAAAGGCUUUGAUAAAGCAUAUGUAGUUCUUGGCCAGUUUUUGGUGCUGAGGAAGGAUGAGGAGCUGUUUAGGGACUGGCUGAAAGAGACGUGUGGGGCAAAUAUAAAACAACAAGGCGACUGCUACAGCUGCCUUCGAGAAUGGUGUGAUUCCUUCCUGUAGAUAGCAUGUUUUUUAGUUAAGGUUUUUUUCUUUCUUUUUUUCUUCAAUCAGUUAGUCGAGCACUGCUUCACCACUACAGCUACAGGACAAAAAUGUGGUGUGUGUGUGUUUGUUUACCUCACAUGGCACUAAAGUUGUAUUGAAACCACAAGAGGUAGUUCUUCUUAGUGCAACAUUCAGCUUUAGAGUUUUAUACCCAUCACUAAAGCAAAAUUGUUUUUAAAAUGCUGUAUAACUCAGAUCCGUUAGAUUUUUUCUUUCUUUCUUUUAUUCAGAUAAUCCUGUACAAGUGCUACACUUUCCUGUUUAUAUCCUUAACAGGCAAGAAUGUAGCUUUGUAUAAGAUUACUGGCAGGAUAUUGCCAUUUCUUGCAUGUCUGUAUCUGAGUUCCUUGAUGUUCAAAGGUUUUAAAUAAAAAAAAUGAAAUUUGUAUCGUGUUCUAACCAGAUUUUACAAUGUUGUCUUAAGUAUCCACAAAAAUGCUAAAUGUGAAGCUGUAUGGCUGUAUUGUUUUAUGUCCCAGUGCUCUGUCAUAAAAGCCUUAAUAAAGAAAACUGUUCACAUUGA